UUUUCACGGGAAUACUUUGGAUCUGCUCUCUCUCCACCAGUUCCAUGACAAUGAAAGAAGACAUGAUGGCAAAGCUGUUUAUUCCUCUUUUAUGGUUUUUGCUGUCAGUGGAGGGACUGAACGACCGUCUUAGUGUUCAGCUGGCUGGGAAACCACUUGGAGGGCGCGAGCAGGAAGUCAUUGACGCUACCAACCAGCUGAUGUUGGCCAUUUGCAACGCUGACUACGAACUAUACCAAAAUGUGACUGAUCCGAGCAUAACGUCCUUCGAACCAGAAGCCGUAGGCCAAUUGGUGGAGGGCAUGAGCUUCCAUCGCUUUCUCUUCGAAAAUGACUUGCCAAGGUUGGGAGGUCUUGUCCACAUUCAUCUUCUUAACACCCAUGUUCGCAUGCUGGGGGAGGAUGCCGCCUGUAUGUCUUACGUUCGUCUCAUGCAGUACUUAGACCCGGACAUUAUGCAAUCUCGCACCCUCAAGUCCGAGGAGACUCGCAUCUGGCAACACCGGAACGGAAAGUGGGUCAAUGUUCACUUUCAUCGAUCAGGCUCACCUCUUGUGCCCUCAAAGGGACGGCUUUAGUAUUUUUCUCGCAGUUUUACUAUUACUGCCUGAUUAAAUUACAACCUUUCUCACAAUCAUAUGACUCAUUUCAUGACAAAUUUCCUUCAAAUAUUAUAAUGUCACUGUUGCAAAAUUCCAACUUUUCUUGCAACACCACAACUAUUUUAGUAAAAAUAAAACCUUUCUUGCAGCA